AUGGUGAGCCAACUAGUUUGGCAGCGGGCCUCCGCAACUCGUGGAAUGGCCACACGACUCUCCACACAACGGCUUUUCGCCCGUGGCCUAGCCACCGAGUCCUCCUCCUCCCGCAUGCCCCCGUACCCCAAACUCGUCCGCAACCUCGAACAGGUCCGUCGAGUGCUUGGCUCCGAGCGCGCUCUCACCCUCGCCGAAAAGAUCCUCUACGCGCAUCUGGACAAUGCCGAGGAGUCAUUGCUCACCGGAACCAACAAUGGUCGCGACGUCCGAGGCAAGGCCAACCUGAAGCUGAAGCCUGACCGCGUCGCCAUGCAGGAUGCCUCAGCCCAGAUGGCCUUGCUCCAAUUCAUGUCCUGUGGUCUUCCUUCGACUGCCGUCCCUGCCAGUAUCCACUGCGACCACAUGAUCGUCGGUGAGCGCGGUGCCGAUACCGAUCUGCCGGCAUCGAUCCAGGGUAAUCGCGAGGUGUUCGACUUCUUGGAGAGCGCCGCCAAGCGCUAUGGUAUCGAGUUCUGGCCCCCGAGCGUGCUGGAGAACUACGCCGCCCCUGGAUUGAUGAUGCUGGGCACUGACAGCCACACUCCUAACGCAGGUGGUCUGGGUGCGAUUGCUAUUGGUGUCGGUGGUGCCGAUGCUGUCGAUGCGCUUGUCGACGCUCCUUGGGAGCUCAAGGCUCCCAAGGUCCUCGGUGUGCGCCUCGAGGGCAAGCUCAGCGGUUGGGCUUCCCCCAAGGAUAUCAUCCUGUCCUUGGCUGGCAAGCUGACCGUGCGUGGUGGUACCGGCUAUGUCGUUGAAUACCACGGUCCUGGUGUCGAAACUCUCAGCUGCACCGGUAUGGCUACCUGCUGUAACAUGGGUGCCGAGGUCGGUGCUACCACCUCAAUCUUCCCCUUCUCGCCUAGCAUGGUUCCCUACCUGCAAUCGACCCACCGCGGCCACGUCGCCGAGGCUGCAGCUGAGGUCGCCGCUGCUGGCCCCUCCAGCUUGCUCGCCGCCGACUCCAAGGCCGAGUACGACCAGCUGGUCACGAUCAACCUCUCCGAGCUCGAGCCGCACAUCAACGGUCCCUUCACUCCCGACUUCUCGGUGCCGCUGUCCCGCUUCGCCGAUACCGUCCGCGAGAAAAACUGGCCCGAGACCUUCGGUGCCGGCCUCAUCGGCAGCUGCACCAACUCCUCGUACGAAGACAUGACCCGUGCCGAGGAUCUCGUCAAGCAAGCCACCGCCGCCGGUCUCAAGCCGAAGGCAGAUUUCUUCAUCACCCCCGGCAGUGAACAGAUCCGCGCCACUCUCGACCGCGACCAGACUCUCAACACCUUCUCCGAAGCCGGCGGCACCGUCCUCGCCAACGCCUGCGGCCCCUGCAUCGGCCAAUGGAAGCGCACCGACGGCGUCCCCAAAGGCGAAGAAAACGCCAUCUUCACCUCCUACAACCGCAACUUCCCCGGCCGCAACGACGGCAACCGCAAAACAAUGAACUUCCUCGCCUCCCCGGAACUCGUCACCGCCCUCGCCUACUCCGGCAGCACAACCUUCAACCCCAUGACCGACUCCCUCACCGCACCGGACGGCUCAACCUUCAAGUUCCAGCCCCCCAAGGGCUACGACCUCCCCAGCGCCGGCUUCGAAGAAGGAAACCCCAACUUCCUCCCCACAGCCGCCACCCCAGACCCCAGCAGCGAAGUCAUCGUCUCCCCGACCUCCGACCGUCUCGCCCUCCUCGAGCCCUUCGCCCCCUUCCCCAAAGCCGACCUCUCCGGCCUCCAGGUCCUCUACAAGGUCAAAGGCCAGUGCACAACAGACACCAUCUCCGCCGCCGGCCCCUGGCUCAAAUACAAGGGCCACCUGCCCAACAUCUCCGCCAACACGCUCAUCGGCGCCGUCAACGCCGCUACCGGCGAGACAAACGUCGCCUACGACGAAGCCGGCAAGCAAUACGGUAUUCCCGAGCUCGCCGAAUCAUGGAAGCAGCGCGGUAUCGAGUGGCUCGUCGUUGCGGAGGAUAACUACGGCGAGGGCUCGGCCCGCGAACACGCCGCGCUGCAGCCGCGGUACCUCGGUGGUCGUGUGAUUGUUUCUAAGAGUUUUGCUCGUAUCCACGAGACGAAUCUUAAGAAGCAGGGUGUUGUCCCGCUUACGUUCGCUAAUCGUGAGGACUAUGAUCGUAUCGAUGCUUGUGAUAAGGUUGAUACCGUUGGUCUUUAUGAUGUCCUGCAGGCUGGUGGACAGGGUGAGAUUCAGUUGAGGGUUACUAAGCACAAGACUGGGGAGCAGUUUGCGAUUCCGGUUCAGCAUACUCUUAGCAAGGAUCAGUGUGGUUUCAUUCUUGCUGGUAGUGCUUUGAACUUGUUGGCGAAGAAGGCGAAUGCUUAG